AUGACACAGAUCAAACAACUUCUGCGAUCUCCAAAGGACCGAGAUCCCCUAGAUAGUCCUGGUGUCUACGAGAUCCCGUGCGACUGUGGUAAAAGUUACGUCGGCGAAACGGGGCGCGAUAUAAAGUCGAGACUCUUUGAAAAUAUCCGCAGUAUGCGUAAAUUAGACGGCAACACCUCGGCGGUUGCGGAUCACGCCCUUAACUCCGGAACCUCGCAUUAUAUUAGGUUCGACAAAGUUAAAGUGCUGGCCCGUGAGAGAAACUUCUUGUCUUGGAAGCUUCGGGAGGCUAUUGAAAUAGGUCGUCGACCUAUUUUCAACAGAGACAAGGGGUGGGCUCUGCCGCGUACAUGGGAACCCGUCUUAAUGAACGCGGCGCGACACAACAUCAACAGUGCUAAAGACGAUAUUGUGGACAUAAUCAGUACAUUUUGUGCCCACGGAAACUUUAAUAACAACACCAAUGAUGCUUUGGUAUCAACCUCGUCAACGACGCCGGCGCACCCCGCGCCCCCCGCCCCCUCAAGACGCGCCCUAAGAGCGCAGGCGCGCAGUGAGCGACGAGCCGCGUCCGCGAAAUAA